AUGUCAAGAUUAAUAACCCGAUCCAUAGUCAGAACUAACCUGCUAACCAAUCUCAGGAGAUCGGCAUUGGUAACACAAAGAACUCCAGUAUCAAGCUUGUUUGUUCAAAGUACCACCAACAAGUAUGCAGUCCCAGUAUUUUUGUUUCGAAGCUACUCCAAGCAGCCUAUCAUUACUGAGGAACCUCCAGCCAAAGUGUACAAUUAUGAGCAAAUAAAGGAUAUAACUGAAGCUCCGGACAGCAAUGUGGUGCUGGUGGACGUCAGAGAACCUGAUGAGUACAAAGCUGGUUUCAUACCUGGGGCUGUCAACAUUCCGUUCAAAUCAUCACCCGGAGCACUAAACCUCUCCAAAGAAGACUUUUUGGAUACAUUUGAAUUUGAGAAGCCUAGUAAGGACAAGGAGCUGAUUUUUUAUUGUCUAGGAGGAGUUCGAUCCAGUGCUGCAGAGGAAUUGGCGGGCACUUUUGGGUAUCUGAAAAGAGGUAACUAUAUCGGUUCUUGGGAAGAUUGGGUUGCCCAUGAAGACAAGAAGAAAUGA